AGGUAUCCGCCGCCUGUUGGUCUUUCACAGUUGGUGACGAGUAUUAUGAAAAUGGCCUCGACCCUGCCCGUAAGCAAGAAUAUCCGAAGAAGAUGACGAUGUUGAGCUUUUUAAGUCAGUUGAACACCAAAUUGUCUUCAUUGGACACGUAGAGAUUAGUGAAGUUGAGAAAAAUAAAGAGACUGUCGGCAAAGAAACGACUUAAAAAAACAGCAGACCGCCGCAUAUUUUCGUGGGGCUGAGGAGCCACUAUGGAGGAUAUCAACUCAAAUAUCAACGCGGACUUGGAGGUGCGGAAGCUACAGGACUUGGUGAAGAAACUCGAACAGCAAAAUGAACAGCUUCGGAGUAGGUCUACGAUGCUGUCAGGGAACCACAGACCCCUCAGUGCCGGAUACGACUCGUCGUCCCUGUCAACGGGGAUGGCAGCUGGUCUGGCCGGCUUCCCUGGGGUGGGGUUGGGUGGGCUAUUGGAGAACAACCGCUGUCUGAGCCCCAGACUAUCUUACGACGGCAUCAGCUUCAGGAGGCCGUAUGAAAGUGAGGGGGCAUCGGCUGCCACCUCUGUGUCGAGGAUGAACUCACUUUAUGCCGACACCACCGGGGGCUUUAUGGACGAAGGGGAAACCUCAAUCCUAGAUGAAGUGGAAAUCUUAGAUCUCGAAGACAUGGAUUGUCUACACGAAGACGAGGACAGCUGGUUAUAUGAAGCGAAACUCAACAGUCCUCUGCAGAAGGCUUUGAGUCCUAUCGUUUGGUGCCGUCAAGCUCUUGACAACCCCAGUCCCGAUAUGGAAUCAGCCAAGCGCUCCCUCAUCCACAGACUGGACCUCACCAUGUCAGCCAACAAGCGCAGGAGUCUGUAUGGAAGCCCCUACAACCACCAGCUGGGUUAUGGAAGUCCUUACAGCAUGGACGCAGCCAACAGCCCUUACAGCAGUGGCUUCAACUCCCCCUCCUCAACCCCUAGCAGAGUGCCCAUCGUCAGACAGCAGCUAAUGCCUGGGAACGCAGCACACCAGCGAAACACAGCGGCAGAGAGGAAUCCUCCGGCUGUGAGCCCGCAGUCAUCGGUGGACAGCGAGCUGAGCACCUCAGAAAUGGAUGAGGACUCAGUGGGCUCCUCAACUACCUACAAACUCAAUGAUGUCACUGAUGUCCAGAUACUAGCACGCAUGCAGGAAGAGAGUUUGAGACAGGACUACGCUGCAACGGCGUCCAGACGGAGCUCGGGUUCGUCCUGCCACUCAUUGAGACGCAGCACCUUCAGCGACCAGGAGUUAGAUGCGCACAGUCUGGAGGACGAGGAGGAGGCGGUGCACCCGGCCUUCCACCUGCCCUCCAACCGCUUCAGCCCCUCCCCUCGCCACUCCCCCCGUGCCUCCCCCAGGAAUUCGCCCCGCUCGCGCUCCCCCGCCCGCUCCAUGGAGUACAGCCACAGCCGCGGCUCGCCUCAGCCCAUCAUCAGCCGCCUGCAGCAGCCUCGCCACUCGCUGCAGGGCCACGGGCACGACCUGCAGACCAACGUGGUGAAGAACGAAGAAAAGCUGCGUCGUAGUCUUCCCAACCUCACGCGCUCCUCAGCGGCGGCGGCCCAGGCUCCAGAGCCCGUCAAGAACAGCCGCAGCUGUGAGUCCAACCUGCAAGUGCCAAACGGUGGCUCCCCUCGACACCAGAACCAGUCUGCAACAGCAGCUCAACUCCCGAGAUACUCGACCCCUUCUCGCGCCUCCCCGAAACCCAAACAGCACCUCCAAAGCCCAACUGCCCUGCGAGUCCCACUCUCCUGUUGCUUUGGAGAAGAAGGUGAUUUCAUUCCCUCUCCCAGUAAGCUGCGGACUCCAGCCACCCCCUCCCCGCUGGCCUUGAGGCAGCCGGUAAAGGCCACAUCCAACCCCGGUUCUGCCACCUCCACCCCCACCCGCUCCCUGGCUCCUCCACGGAGCGGCCUGCCCCGCCCCAGUGCUUCUGCAGGAGGGGGGAUCCCUCUGCCCCGCAGCAAACUGGCCCAACCUGUGCGCAGAUCUCUGCCUGCUCCUCGGACCUACAGCGGAGCAGGUGACAACUGGAGAGAAGGUUGUUACUGAGUCGAGCCAGCAGGGGGCUCUCCAGUCAAACUAUCAACACAAGGAGGCAGACAUUAUUACAACAUGGCACUUUAUCUACCUAGAUAACUUUAACAGUGAAGAGAGAGAGAGAGAGAGAGAGACUAUGUCCCAAAAAUAUAUCAAAUUCAGAAUUCAAAAGAGGAGAAGAGAGCGUCUGUAUCGUGUCUGAGAGGACCUCCCACCGUGUCUCUGUGGGGACUGGCUCUGGAGGGGUCAGGCAUGCAGACAGCCAAGAAAAUGCCAAAGAAACCAGCCCGACUCCAGCUCCGCCAGCAGAGGACACGUCACCUGCCUUGGUUUGACUGCAAUCAUCUGUCAGACAGUCCGUAUCACUACAUUGUUCAGCUUUCCUCCCAUUCCUCCUCCCCCCACCCUCCCCCGUUCUUCUUUUCACCGCCCUCAGGCUGAAAUGUUUCCACACAUUUCUCUCUUUAUGCUCUGUGUUUAACAGAUGUUGGUGAGCGAUCUCUAUGAUGAUGCUGUGCAGGUGAAAUGUCCCGUAAUGUUCGAGAAUUGUUGAUGUCUUGCAACAGUGAAAAGCACCUCUGUGUGGGUAUGACGUUUAAGAAUCUUUCCUCUUGUAAAAUCAGCCAGAAUGUAUGCACAAGUUUGUUUUUGCAAAUUAUUUAUUCAAAUUAUUUAAGAAGUGUAUGUCCAAACAUCCAUAUCAGUAUUUUUGUUUGAAGAUUUCAAAUUGUUAAAAAUGUACGUUUUGAACCUCAGCUGCAAGCUAACUCCCCAAAGCCUUUUGUUUUGUUUUUUUCUCUCCAAAGUGUCAAAUCAGGAUUUGUAGGACACCUCGGCCAAAGCCGGUCCUGACUUACACCACAGUUUGCCAACAUUAUCAAGUGCUUCGAUUGGUCAGUUUCAGUUCAGGUCGACAUAAAGGUCUGAGUUACAUCUGCUGUCUGAAACAAACUAUCUAUUGAGAAAGAAACCUGAGCUCAAAAAUAUAUUUUAUCCUCGUUCAACCCUUUCAGCCAAUGAAAAUAAGAGAAUUUUGAUUUAUUUCCAGCAACAGAUUUGUCAGUGUAUAUCAUUCAUGCCAUGAAACAAAAAAAAUGGGAAAAAUAUCUUAAAGAAGAUGAAAAGUAUGAAUAAGUUUUGACUGGCUUUUACCUCUUGUGCUAUGAAAAUGAAUCAAAGGUGUGCCAGUGUUGGGGAAGGUGUUCUGGUAAUUGGUGUGGUGGGUUAUUAAACUAGUGCCUAUAAUUUUAAGUUUCACUUGAGUUUGAACAUCAUGUUUUGUUUGUUCGUUUAUCAUUUGGUGCCAAUUUCUGGUUUUGCCAAUUUUAUUUGCAAUUUUGCAUCACUGCUUGAUUGAUUUGCUUGCCUGUUUGUUUUUUGUAACUGAAACUAUACAUUUAUAAUUGCUUUAAAAAAAAUGUUUAAUAUGCGCCUUCAUAUUUAUAACUAAUUACUCAAUUCUGUAAAUUAAACUAUUUAUUAAAGAGAGAGGUGCCUCUGUCAAAGCUCAGACUCAGUGGGAAGCUGGAAAGAAUGUUGCAAAAAGACAUACCACACCUUUUGUGUGAAAGUUUUUGUUAUUGAACUUUUUUUUAUAUCCACAAACAUGACAUUCAGUUUCCCUGUGUAAAGUCACAUUUCAAAUAAAAGAUGAAAAGUU